GGCGUGUUAAGAAUUGGAGUAUUCAAAAUUUCCAAUUUUCGAUGAAAAUCGCAUAAAAUACGAAUUAUCUGUGAGUGGAGAAAUAAGAAAUUAAAUAUAUGCAAUGGUGGUUUGCAAAAGGAAAUGAAGAAUGGCAGAACGGAGCAGAUUUUGCGGAUAUUAUAUCUGGAAAAGAAAAGUAAGCACAGUGCCAUCUUGAAAUCAGCUGUCAAGCAGACGAAAAUCAGUAGAAACUCCGUCGAAUGCAUUGUUUGAAAGGAAAUGGAAGUAUCCCAGGCUGACCUAAGAAUUGGCGACCGCAAUCUCGACUUCUCAACAGUCUUUAUCAAGAAGGAAGUGCAGAUAAAAAAUGAAAUCCUAGAAGCAUCCAGCCCCGACGUCGAGCACCUCGCAGCCGAGUCCGACAGUUAUUGCUCCAUCGAAAUAAAAGAGCACCCCCUCCAGGAGGAGUGCGAGGAGGAGCAUGAAAAUGAUAAUGAGAAUGAGAAUGAAAACUGCACUCGUAUUCUGCGAAACUUCAAUUCUCUCGAUCCAAAUUUAAAUGCGAUCCAGCAGCACAACGACGGCUCGAACAUAAUCCUCGCGGAUUCUCUCUACGUGAGUCCCCUCGAUUCCGAGAGCAUCAAUGGCGAGAUCCAGAAACGCGAGUCUUUCGGGAGCAGCGAUGAGCAGCAAAUCAACUACAACAUUCCCACUGUCUCGAUACCCAGUGAAUUCCUCGAGAGCUUGAAUCUCAACAUUAAAAAAGAGACUGGCAGCUCGGACGAGGCCUACGCGACAGAAUGGCUCUGCGACGUCGACGAUCCGGGGCUCAAAUUAAAAAUCAGCAAGGGCAUUAAAGUCGAGAGAGUGGAGAUCCCGUCCGAUAUUGAGGCGACAAUCACCCCGGUCAGACGCCGGAGUCCCAGAAGCGAGUCCUUCAAAGGCAACGAGAGCAAGAUAACCGGGACGGAGAAACCAAAGAGGAGAGUCCGACGGAAGUCGGAGCCGAGGCAGGAUUACAGGGAACGCUUGAGGAGAAAAGCCGAGUGUAUGAGGGAAAAGAGGAAGAAGCUCUACGAGGAGGAGAGCGAGGAGCAGAGGCAAGAGAGACUGGCGCGAGAGGCAGCAAAAAAGCGCGAGAUGCGUAUGUAUUAUGAGACACCCGAGCAGAAGAGAAAGCGACUUGAUGCCGAUGCGGCACGGAAAAGGGAGUACAGGAUGUACAAUGAGUCGCCGGAGGAGAGGCGGAAGCGACAGGAUCGCGAAGCGGAGAAGAGGAGGCUCAAGAGAUUGAGCAUGUACGCGAACGAAACUCCCGAGCAGAGGCGCGAGCGAUUGAAUAAAGAGUCGGCGAAGCGGCGGGAGCAGAGGUUGAAUCAGUAUGCCAAGGAGACGGACGAGGAGAGAAAGGAGAGGUUGAAGAGGGACGCGAUCCGAGCGCGAGAAAUGAGAUUCACCAGGUCGGCUAUCGAGACCGAGGAGGAACGCAGGGAAAGGUUAGUAAAAGAUGCGCUUAGAAAGAGGGAGUUACGAAUGCAUGGCAGACACUUGGUGAUGAACAGUUUCACCGAACUUCAGACUGUUCGCAGUUUUGAAGAGUUAAGCAAUGCGCAGAUGAAGGAAGACACCGAUAGUCCAGUCAGCGGUCAUUACUUGAGCAACUGGAUGCUGUGGUUUCAGAAUACUUUGACUCAACCGGUUCAAUCCACGGAUGAGGCUGUCGAGCCGCAAGCCUCGAGUAAAGAAUAGGAGUAUUUAGUCAGUACCUGUCGUGAUAAAUCCUUUCAUUUGCGCAUCAUUCAAGAGGGCUAGGUAGUUGAUUUUACUGUGUUUUGUGCAGUAUUUAAUUUUUAGAUAAUUGAAAAUACAGGGAUAGCAUUUUUUUUAUAUUCUAGA